CGGUGUGGUGGCACUGCUUGUAUCUGUUGUAAUGGUACAUUUGGAAGGUUUGGAAACAGAUCCUAUAAAAUUGAUUGGAUGAAAGUAAGUCGUCAUGGAGCAUGUUGUUAUAAAACACAAACGAACAACUCUUGAAAGGGCGGAGAAGUUUAUAUCAGUGCAUCAUUUUACUGAUGUCAAUCUCAGGAGCAGACUGUAUCCUAAAAAAGCGAGUUUGACAUCUAUUUCCCACUUUGAGGCUCCAGGACGAAUCCCUGUAGAGGAAGCUUUAGCAGGAACUUAUAAGGAAGCAAAGGUUGGACAGUCAUUUGGGCCAACCUGGUCCACACACUGGUUCUGUUUGGACAUUGCAGUACCAGAAGAUUGGGUAGGACAAGAAGUGUGUCUCCUGUGGAAUUCUAACUCCGAGGCACUUGUGUGGAGGGAUAGCACACCUGUACAAGGUUUGAGUGGAGAACAUCAGAGACAUUCCUUCCCUCUGGCUAAUGGUCCAAUAUGGAAGAACCAAUGCAGACAGAAAAUCUACGUAGAGAUGGCAUGCAAUGGCUUGUUUGGAGCUGGAGAUAAUGGCAUGAUUGAACGUCCAGACCCAGAUCGCUAUUUUACCUUGGCUCAGGCAGAGAUAGCCAUAUUUGAUCGCAGAAUCUACAACCUUAUUUUAGAUGUGGAGAUGUUACACGACAUGGCUAAGCACUUACCAGAUAAUACAGAAAGAGGUUACCAGGCUCUGUAUACUGUAAACAAACUCAUCAACACUUGUAAUGUGGAGGAUCCUUCUACCUACCACAAAGCCCAUGCCAUCGCUGAAGAGUUUUUUAAACAAGGCAAUGGAGCAAGUCAGCACACUCUCCAUGCAAUGGGACAUGCUCAUAUAGACACAGCAUGGCUUUGGCCAUAUGAUGAGACGAUACGGAAGUGUGCAAGGAGCUGGUCAUGUACCUUACAGCUGAUGGAACAGUAUCCAGAUUUCACCUUUACGUGUUCCCAAGCUCAACAGUUUGAGUGGGUGAAGCAGCACUACCCAGUGAUGUAUGAUAAGAUCAAGUCUUUUGUACAGAGAGGUAGAUUUAUACCUGUUGGUGGCACAUGGGUAGAAAUGGAUGGAAACCUUCCAAGUGGGGAGUCUUUUGUGAGACAAUUCCUGUAUGGGCAGCUGUUCUUUCAAAAAGAGUUUGACAAGACUUGUUCAGAGUUCUGGCUGCCUGAUACAUUUGGAUACUCCGCUCAGCUUCCCCAGAUCAUGAACAUCUGUAACAUCAAACGCUUUCUUACUCAGAAGCUCAGUUGGAGCCUUGUCAAUAAGUUUCCUCACCACACGUUUUGGUGGCAGGGUAUUGACGGCAGUAAAGUCCUCUCACAUUUUCCACCCGGCGACUCAUAUGAGAUGAAAGGCAAUGUCAAAGAGGUUCUCUUUACUCUGUCUAACUACCAAGACAAGGGGCGGUCUGGUCACAGCAUGUAUCUGUUUGGAUAUGGUGAUGGUGGCAAUGGCCCCUCGGAGGACAUGUUACAGAGACUCCGUAGGAUAGAGGAUACAGAUGGUCUCCCAAGAGUUAAGAUGAGCACUCCUGACGAAUAUUUCUCCACUGUGGAGAAGAAUGAUGGUGACAAGUUAUGUAAAUGGAAAGGAGAGCUAUACUUGGAACUUCACAAUGGCACAUACACUUCUCAAGCAAAGAUAAAAGAACUCAAUCGUAGAUGUGAGAUUUUGCUCCAUGAUGUUGAGUUAAUGAGUUGUCUAGCACUGACUACCGGACUUCCCAGUGUGUAUGACUACCCGGCAGAUGAAAUCCUCAGACUCUGGAAACUGUUACUACUGAAUCAGUUUCACGAUGUACUUCCUGGGUCGUCUAUAGAACUGGUUUACAAAGAUGCAAAUAACCAUUAUAAAGAUAUAUUGAAGUCUGGAAAAUCACUAUGGAACAAUGCUUUUGGCCAUCUAACUGCUGGUCAGUCUGACUCUCGUCCAGUAGUGGUCAACACCCUUAGCUGGGAACGGUCAGAUGUGGUCAUUGUGCCUGGAGAGGAAAAAGAAAGCAAGGAAACAGCAGAAAGAUCUUCCAAGAAAUUGAAAUUAGACAAUGAACUUCUACAGUUAGAUGUCUACAGUAACAACCUUGCUAUUGUAUUGGUACCCAGCUGUGGUUAUACUAGCCUGGUACCACAGGAGUGUCAGUUUCCCGUCCGAGUUGUGAAGAAAGGAGAUCUUUAUGAACUGGAGAACCAAUAUUUGACUGCUGUUCUAAACUCAUCUGGUCAUGUACUGGAGCUCUGUGUGCCAGGAACAAGCAGAAAUGCAAUCAGUGCUAGUCACCAUGGAAACCAGUUUGUGAUGUAUGAUGAUGUGCCCUUGUAUUGGGAUGCAUGGGAUGUGAUGGACUAUCACCUGGAGACCAGGAAGCCUGUGACAGAAGUUAUAGAAAGUGUGAAGAUCACUGACCAGGGUCCUAUCAGAGUAUCUCUGGAGUUUUCUUUGAAGAUCAGUGACAAAAGCUACCUCAAACAAAUUAUCUCUCUGGACGCCAUAACUCCCUACCUCAAAUGUGAAACACAGGUCACGUGGCAUGAGAAUAGAAAGUUCCUAAAGGUAGAAUUUCCAACCACAAUUAACGCUAAUGCAGCUUCAUAUGACAUUCAGUUUGGUCACAUCCAGAGGUCAAACCACUUCAACACAUCCUGGAACUGGGCGCAGUUUGAGGUGUGUGGACACAAGUGGGCUGACCUUUCCGAGUAUGGAUUUGGCCUGGCCAUACUUAAUGAUAGUAAAUAUGGCUACUCCUGCCUGGACAAUGUUCUCCGACUCUCAUUACUUCGCGCUCCUAAAGCCCCUGAUGCAAAGGCAGACAUGGGAGCACAUAAGUUUACAUAUGCCAUCAUGCCUCACACUGGAACAUUCCAAGAGGCUGGGGUGAUACAACAGGCCUAUAACCUCAACUACCCACUGUAUGUACAGCAAAGAGAUGACACAGGGGAGACAACUCCGGUAAAUAGCACAGCUCUGGAACCCACAAGUUUCUUCCAACUUGACACUCCACAGGUCAUCCUGGAGACUGUAAAAAAGUGUGAGAAGAAAAACGGAAGUCUUGUACUGCGAGUGUAUGAGGCAUUUGGUGGAGAGACACGGGCCUGUCUGACUUCUUCUGUUCCGUUCAACAAUAUUUACAGGUGCAAUGGUUUAGAGGAUCCAGUUCCAGCAGCAGAAACUGUCACAGAAGAACUUGAUGUUGGAGAAAAUGAAAUAACAUUCACCAUUAGACCAUUUCAGGUCCUGUCCUUUAUCAUUGACCUUCAGUAGAGGUUACCAGAAGGUCAUGAGAAUUUUAACAGAUGGUGUUCCUGUCUCAAGUGCUAUAAAAAGAAUUGGUGAUUAAUAUUUCAGUUGGAAAUUUGAGAAAUUAUCAUUAUAUGUUUACUGAUAUAUAAGAUAUUCUAGAUUUACACAUUUCUACAUUAUAAACAGAAAAUCAUGCGUCAUCAUGACUGUUAUUUCUGUUUUGAAAUGUAACAGUAUGAUGUAUUGAUGUAAGAUUGAUUUAAAGAGAACAGUUAAUUAAAAGUAACACAAACUUUGGUAUUAUCCUUGUCCAAAUUAUUCUGACGUCCUAUCUUGUAGAUAACUUUUUAUCUGUGUGUGACAUACAUAUGGAAAUGACGACUCCUUACCACAUGUAUUGUUUGAAUGGCUACCCAGGAGCUAGUUACUUGAUUUCCUUUUUAUAAGGCUAACAUUCUUACUGUCAUUGACCAAUGUAAAAAAACUCAAAAUAGAACAUGCUUUUUGCCAGAUAAUGCGGUAUAUUGUGACAAUACUGGUGUAUCAUACAGUGUAUUGUACAUGUUUUAAUCAUUACAAACUUUAUUUUUAAUACGGGUUGAUAGAUUUUACACACACUUGGUUACAAUUUGUUACUAAUUAAAAUUGUGGGUACAGGGGGUCUAUAUCAUCUAGGUCUUACUUAAAUGAUUUCAUAUUUGUAGAAUUCAGGUAGAUUUAUGUUGGUGAAGGGCAGAAUUUCUGACAACAGCUUUUAAUGGUAUUUUUCUAUUCUAAGUCAGUUUAAUGCUUAUUACAACAAACUGUUAUAUUAGUUUCAUGAAUCUGUGGCAGAGAAAUUUUUGUAAUAUAAAUGUUGAGAGUAAAACUUGCUUUACAUCCUUAAAACCUACAUGCAGAAGUGGUGCAUUUGCUUAGAAAGUGAGAAGCCACAAGCUUGAUCUACAAUUGCUUACUAUGUACCGUUUCAUGUAAACAGCUGGUAAUUAACAUAAUAAGGCUAAACUUUUUCUUUGUAAUCAUAUUUUUCUGUACAAUAAGAAAGUAUCUUGAAUUGAAAUAAAUAUACACGAAAUAUAUGACUGUUAAUGUUUAUUUUCAGGAAAAAAUUUGAAUAGAAAGAUAUGAAAUUUAUAGUUAAUUUGUCUACAGGGAAGUAUGUUUAUAUCUACAAAUGUAGAAAAUGUGAAUCCAGUCCAACAGUUUAUUUUUUCCAGUGUAAUGAAUCAAGGUGUAAUUCUACUGAUUACCAAGGUAAUGAACCUAUACAUUGUAUACUGAUGAUUGAUAUAUA